CUCACUGCUUAUUAAAGAUUUAAAUUGGAAAUUGAGUCUCCAAUCCAAGUCUGAAUUUUUAUGUGUAUGUCUAUAUAUAUCUCUACUUCCCUCGUCUUUUUUCUUCACAAAUUUCUCUUCUCUUCUCCAACUUUCCUUCUUCGUUUCUUCAAUCUGUUUAAAUGAGUACCCAUGACAGUGUGCUUCACAUUUUCUUGUUCCCUUUCUUGGCUCAAGGCCAUAUGAUCCCCAUCGUCGACAUGGCCAAAUUAUUGUCUUCUCGUGGUAUCAAGAUCACCAUCGUCACCACCCCUCUCAAUUCUAUCUCCAUCUCUAAUUCAAUCAAAAGCUCCAAAUCCUUAUAUGCUUCCAAUAUUCAUCUUCUCAUCCUCAAAUUCCCUUCUGCUGAAGUUGGCUUACCAGAUGGGUGUGAAAAUCUUGAUUUCGUUAUAAGUCCUGCCAUGAUCCCCAAAUUCAUCUCUGCUUUGAAUUUGCUUCAAACCCCAUUUGAGGAGGCUGUUAUGGAACACCGCCCCCAUUGUAUUAUAGCCGAUAUGUUCUUCCCUUGGGCUAAUGAUGUUGCUGCUAAAGUUGGAAUCCCAAGGCUCAAUUUCCAUGGCUCUUGCUUUUUCUCCUUCUGUGCUUCGGAGUUUGUCAGGAUUCACCAGCCUUACAACCACGUUUCGUCCGAAACGGAGCCUUUUCUCAUUCCCUGUCUACCCAGAGACAUUACUUUCACGAAAAUGAAACUUCCUGAAUUCGUGCGGGAGAAUGUAAAAAAUUAUUUAAGUGAAUUUAUGGAGAAGGCACUAGAGGCAGAGUCGACGUGUUAUGGGGUUGUUAUGAAUAGUUUUUACGAGUUGGAAGCAGAGUAUGCAGAUUGCUAUAGAAAUGUCUUUGGAAGAAAGGCUUGGCAUAUUGGCCCACUUUCUUUAUGCAAUAAGGAAACCGAAGAAAAAGCUUGGAGAGGAAAUGAAUCCAGCAUUAACGAACACGAGUGCUUAAAAUGGCUUGAUUCGAAGAAAUCCAACUCAGUUGUGUACGUGUGCUUCGGAAGUAUAGCGAACUUCAGUUUCGAUCAGUUGAAGGAGAUUGCAAGUGGGCUUGAAGCUUGUGGAAAAAACUUCAUAUGGGUGGUGAGAAAAGUGAAAGGAGAAGAAGAAAAAGGGGAGGAUGAGGAAUGGUUACCAAAAGGGUUCGAAAAGAGGGUGGAGGGAAAGGGGAUGAUUAUAAGAGGAUGGGCACCGCAGGUUUUGAUACUGGAACAUCCGGCGGUGGGUGGAUUUGUGACACACUGUGGCUGGAAUUCCACACUGGAAGGAGUGGUUGCCGGAGUUCCUAUGGUGACGUGGCCAGUAUCGGGGGAGCAAUUUUACAAUGAAAAACUAGUGACGGAGGUGUUGAGAAUUGGAGUUGGUGUUGGGGUUCAGAAAUGGGUGAGAAUUGUGGGGGAUUUCAUGAAAAGGGAAGCUGUGGAGAAGGCAAUAAAUAGAGUUAUGGAGGGAGAAGAAGCAGAGGAGAUGAGAAACAGAGCUAAAGAAUUUGCUCAAAUGGCAAGGAAUGCUAUUGCAGAAAAUGGAUCAUCUUACUCUGAUUUGGAUGCUUUGAUUAAAGAAUUGAAAUGGUUGUCAUUUUGAAAUUUAUAUAGGACUACCCAUCCAUAAUGAAAGGUGGUAUAAACAAUAUUUGUUUUUUGUUGUUUUAGGUUACAAUGACAAAGUUUAAAUAGCAGUUGAAGUGAAAUUGAAUGAAGUCAUAAAUUUAAAAUUA